ACUUGUUUACAUUUCAGUUUAUUGACUACUUCUUUGAUUCUUUCUGUAUAUUUAAUUUUUGAUUAAUUUUCACUUAAUUGCUUCCAACGAUCUGACGUGCCUUUUAGAACUGUUGGACAUUAUGUGACAUUAUAAUUUGAUUGUUAGAUUAUAUUCGGAGUAAAGGAUCAAUCGCAAGGAAAAUCAAAAAUCAAAUCAAAAACCAUGGCCAAUCAGUGAGGAUAUUACGAUCAGCUUCAUCGAAAAAUGUAAAAAUUUCCAAUGAAACGAAAAAUUUGCAAAAUUUACAUUUAUCUAAUGAAGCAAAAAUUUUAGCCUUACACAAUAGAAACAAUAGUUUCAUGAAGAAGGAGAAAAAAAAUUUUUCAAUUAAAUUACAAUCGCGUACAAAAGUGUCAACAUGGAAUAAAAUUCAAAUGGAAAACUCCAAAUAUCAUCUUUUAUCUAGUGAAUUUAAUAAUAGAAUAGAAAAGAAAGAUAAAUAUUCAUGUCGAAAGUGUCAAAAACGUUAUAAAACACAAUUAAGUUUUACAUCACAUUUAAAAUUUAAUUGCAUUAAUGAAGACAACGACGGCGUCAAAAAAGAAGAGAAAGAAGAAAAAUUCAAAAUUCCAAAAUUUAAUAAAACAAGAAAAAAUUUAAAAUUCAAAAAUAAUUCUCAAAAAUUCCAGUUAAAAAAGAAUUCAAAAAAUUUAUCUCUCAAUGAAACGAAAAAUUCAGAAAAUAAAUCAAUACAAUUUAGAGAAAAUUUGGAAAAAUCAACAAUUAAUGAUUCUAAAAAGAAAAGUGAAGAAGAUUUAAAAACAAAUUUAGUAAAUUCUUUUAAAAAAUUAUCACCAAAUACAUGUUCAACGUGUGGAAAAUCAUUUGACAUUGAAUAUGGACUCGCUAGACAUAUUUCUCAAGGAUGUUUAAAUUAUCAUUACAAAUGUCCAUAUUGUGAUUAUCAAGAGGAUAAAUUAAUUCUUGCAUUUUGUCAUAUUCUAAAAAAACAUCCCGGAUUAAAAGUUUAUUUAAUCAAUAAAUUAAAAGGCAAUAAAUUAACAAUUAAUCGAAAAAUGGAAACAUAUUUAUGUAGCGUUCCUCUAUUUCGUUAUUCAAAUGUUGAUGAUUUAAAUAAAGAAAAAUUAAACAAUUCAACAAAUAAUAAUAAUAAUAGUAAAAAAUUAAUUAGCAAAAAAAGUGAGGUAAAAAUAAAUAUUGAAAAUCCCACGAAACAAAAUAGAAAAAAACUUCCAGUAGUAAGUGGAAAAACAACAGAAAUAAUUGAAUGUCCCGAAAAAUGUGGUAAAUUAUUUAAAAAUCAAAAUACAGCAAAUCAUCAUGUUAAAAAAUUUUGUGAACAAGUUAAACGAUUUAAAUGUGCAUAUUGUGAGGAAAAAUUUUCACUUUUUAAAUUAACAGCCAAUCAUAUUAAAAGUGAACAUUCAAAUGAAAUAAUUUGUGCCAUUAGUUUAAGUAAAAAAGUCAAAAUCUAUCAAAGAUCAAAUGAAACAAUUGAUGAUGGUUCAUUAAAAAAACGUAAACGAAAUGAUUCAUUGGGAAAUUCAUUGAAAAAAACAAAAAUAGAAAUAGAUGAUGAAAAUUUGAAAAUAAAAGUUGAUGAAAACAAAGAAUUGGAAGGAAAAAAUGAAAAUGAAAAUGAUCGUUCAAAACGUUUAAAAAGAGCUGUGAAAAAAGAAUCAAAAAAGCCAAUAAAUAAAAAGAAAAUUCUCUGUUCAAAUGGUUGUGGUAAAUUUUUUGCCUAUCCACAUACAAUGAAAUCACAUGUGAAAUUUUGCAUACUACCAAAACGUUAUCAAUGUCCAUAUUGUCCAAUAAUUUGUAAAGUAAUAGCCGAUAUUAAUAUGCACAUUAAAAGACAACAUCGUGGUAUGAAAAAUUAUUUUAUCGAUACAUUAAUUGAAGAAAUGGAGAAUCAAGAAAAUAAAAAUGCAAAUCCACCAAUUAUUAUUGAAAAGAGAAAAUUAAAUGUCAAAUGUCCUAAAUGUGAUCAACAAACUGAUGAUUUAUGGGAUCAUUUUAAAAAAUGUCCAAAAAAAAAUUCCGAAAUAGAAAAUAAAAUAGAAAAUAGUUGUGAGAAAAAAAUUCCAAAAAAAAAUUCCGAAUUACAAAUAAAUGAGAAAAAUUUGGAUAAAAAUCCAUUCGAUGAUAUUGAAUUUAUAAAUAUUCCUGAGACGGAAAAUUUUUCACAAUCACGUGAAAUAAAUGGUGAAUCAAAUGAUCUUAGCUAUUGGGAUAUUUUAGAUGAUCCAGAAGAGACUUUAAUUGAUAUUACAAAUGGCAGUGAUUCAGAUGGGGAAUUAUCGGAUAAAGAAUUAACCGAAGAGGCAUUAAAUGAAGAAAUAACAAAAUUUGUUCAAAUGGAAAAUGAAAAUGAUGCUAAAUUAAAAACAUUAAAUUCAUCUUCAAAUGAAAUUCCAUGUCCAAAUAAUUGUGGUUGUAAAUUUACAAAACAUAUGUUAAAAUAUCAUUUACGUUUAUGUGUAUCAAAACCAAUAAGAUUUAAAUGUCCACAUUGUGAAUAUUUUACGCAAGAGGAAUUAAAUGGUUUUAAUCAUAUUAAAAAUCAACAUCCAAAUGAAGAUAUUUCACUUAUUGAUCUUAUUACAAGAAAAGAAGUUCAUCCAAAAAUUAAAGAAACAAUCAUUGAUGUUGAUGAUGAAGAUAUUGAAUGUGUGGAUAUUGUUAGCAGUGAAUCAGAUGAUAGUGAUGAUGAUGACGAUGAUGAUGAUGAUAGUGUAGAAAAUAUGGAAUUUAUUGAAUCAAAUGAAGCGGAUGAUAGUUCAAUAAUGUUCUUUCGAUGUCGUUAUUGUGAUUAUACAACGAAAAAACCAGAGGAAGGAUAUGUACAUAUGAAGCUGAAGCAUUUUAAUGAAAAUAAUUCCAUGAUUCCUGUCAAGUCUUCAAACAUCGAUGAAAUAGAAAUAAUUGAUUGAAUUUUUGAUUAUUUAAUUUUUUUCCAGGAUUCAUCGUUUCUCAAUUUUUGAUGUAUUCAUUCCAAGUCAUCAAUCGGUAUAUUUUUUGAUAAAUAUUUCGUUAUCUUUGUUUCCAAAGAAACAGUUGUAAGAACUCUAAAAUUAUAUUAAAACUUUUAUUGAUGUUAUUUAAAGUGUUCGUUUUUUGAAGCAAAAGUUAUAUUUAAAAAUAAUUAUUCUCAAAUAUCCGUAAUUUCAUGUUAAAAGUUGAAAUCUUCUACAUAUAUUAUAUAAUAAUUAUUCGUUUGUUGUAUACUA